GAAGAAAACCUCAAAAACCUCAUCAUAAUUUCGUUUAGUAAAGAGCUACCUUCUAUAUAUUCAAUAUAUUACAUAUUCAAGAUAUUUUUUCAAGUUCACCGUACCCAGUUUUCACUGUACCCGCAUUGUAAACAAAAGAACAGCUGAGCGAGCGGUGAGUGUGUCGCUGUGUGUGAGUGUAGCUUUUGCGUUGUGAAAAAUCCACAGAAAGAUAAGCGGAAAAAGUUGCCAGCACAAGCAGAAAAAAUACGAAAAAAAUUCCAAGUCCAAGUCCAAGGGAAAGAGACCUAGACAGAGUCACAAUCUCACGUAUCCGACAGAUACGAAAAUCCAAAAUAAUCCAAGCCCAAACCAUUCCGUUGAAAUACUUCAAAGUGAGUACAUCUUACCCACCACAAUGCUACCGGACGAAUGGGCGGAUAAACGGAUCCUGGUCAAGUGCGGCGGCUUCUCGUCCCAACUGGCCAAGAAUGUCACCGAGGAGGUGGACGGUGAUCCGUUGUGGGGCUCGCGUUUCGAUGCCACCAACCCGGGGGCUGUGGUCCAGACGCAUCUGGAUUUCUUGCGCAGCGGCGCCGACAUCAUCCUGACCAACACCUAUCAGUCCAGCGUGGAGGGAUUCACCAAGUACCUGGGACUCACCGAGGCCGAGGGCAUCAAGCUGAUGGAGACGAGUGUCGCUUUGGCCAAAAAGGCCAAGGAGCAGUAUCUGCGGGCGACGGGAGUGGAGGAAUCCUCGACUUUCCCCUUAGUUUUGGGCUCUAUUGGACCCUAUGGCGCCUGCCUGCACGAUGGCUCCGAGUAUUCCGGCAACUAUGCCAACCGGGUCACCAAGGACGAGUUAAAGGAGUGGCACAAGACAAGGAUUUGGUCAUGUGUAUCGGCUGGCGUUUAUGGUUUGGCCCUGGAGACAUUACCAUGUCAGUUGGAGGCGGAGGCAGUCACGGAAUUUGUCAUUGAUCUCUGUGUGAAGACCACUUUCUGGGUGUCCUUUCAGUGCAAGGAUGAAUCUCAUCUGGCCAGUGGUGAAUCCUUUGCAACAGCAGGCCUCGCCAUCUGGCGUUUGGUCAAGAGCCGAAAGGCCGAGGAUCGAUUCCUGGGCAUCGGCGUGAACUGUGUGAAUCCUCAGUUUGUGACACCGCUGCUGACAUCCCUCAUUGAGGCCGUGGGAGCGGAUGAACGUCCUCCUUUGGUGGUCUACAGCAACCGCGGCGAGAUCUACGAUGCCGAGCUGGGCGAGUGGACGGGCACCGGCGAACAGGUGGCCAAGUUUGUACCCGAAUGGCUUAACCUGGGCGUUCGCAUCGUCGGCGGCUGUUGCCGGGUCUAUCCGGCGGAUGUGCUGGAGAUCCGCAAGUGCGUCGAUAGCUACAAACUAGACCCGUAAUCGGUCAGCCAACUGAUAGCCGCUGCUGUUGCUGUUUGUUAUUAAACUGUGAAAGCCGUUUCGUGUGACUAGAACUGGACCUAGACCUAUAUAGUUUUGCUAAAUACAUAGUUUUUCGUA